AUGGCGCCCAAGAAGAAGGGCCGCGGCCGCAGCUCCAAGUCCAAGAAUGUGCCCGGCUCCUCCAGCACGGCCGUCCCAUCUGACGACGCCAGUGAAGCCGCCACCAUUCGUCCUUCCUCUACUGCUCCCUCAGGCCAUUCACCACCGACCCAAGAAACCCCGCUCUUACCUCCCGCCUCUCAAGAACCGCCCUCUUCCGCCAUCCCUCCACCAUCCCUCUCCUCCCGCCUCCUCCCUCUCCCGGCAGAAGUAGAGCCCACGACUGCGGGUGAAGUCUCGACAUCUCAUCCUUCUCUGCGCCCCGAUCCCUCCACUGCUCUACCACCGAGUACCUCCCCUCCUGCCUCUCAAGAUCCGUGCUCUUACGCCAUCCCGCCACCAUUGCCCUCCUCUCGCCUGCUCCCUCCUGCGGAUGACUCAUCGCUCAGAUCUUCAGGUGAAGCCUCCACCUCGGCUCCUCGUCGACCGAGCUCCGCUCCCUCAACCCGUCAACGACCGACCCAAGGAACCUCAUCCUCACGUCUCACCUCUCGAAGACCGUCUUCCUCCGCCGCCAACCUUGGGAGACCGCCUCUGCCGCUUCCGCCGCCUCCUCGGACUACCUUACCACGCGUCACGGAUCAAGAACGAGAUAUCUUUGCGCUUAUUUGUUACACGGCUGAGGACCUAUUCGCUGCAAGGUGCCAUCUGAACGCGGCGAACGUUCCGGCCGCAGAUAGCUCGACGUCGCUGCAGAGCGGCCUGGCCCAUGUAGCUAACUCGAUCCCAACCGUGAUGGACGCGAUCAACAUGAUAGUACAGCUGGCGGACGAGAGAGAUGAGACGGAGGUGGUGAACGCGUCCAUCGCCGCUUACGCGGACUUUGACACGAUUCUGCAGGCGUUCAACGCGACGUCGCUUCUGAUGAGCCGCAUGGUUGAGCAGACCCGCGCCGGUGGUUCCCUCCGCGAUCCCGGGGGACAAGGCGGCAGUUCUUCUGGCAGCGGCGAUGGUCCCGGCGGCACAAGCAGCGGCGCUGGUCCCAGCGGCGCAAGCAGCGGCGCUGUUCCCGGCGGCGCAAGCAGCGGUACUGUUCCCGGCGGCGAAAGCAGCGGCGCUGGUCCCGGCGGCGAAAGCAGCGGCGCUGGUCCCGGCGGCGAAAGCAGCGGCGCUGGUCCCGGCGGAGAAAGCAGCGGCGCUGGUCCCAGCGGCGAAAGCAGCGGCGAUGGUCCUGGCGGCGCAAGCAGCGCCUAG